AUUUCAGUUACUAGUAGUACUGUCCUCUUCUGCAUGUACUCACCUGAAGAUCUUCUGCGUGUAUUCACCUGAAGAGAAGGCAAUGAAAGUACUUUUGGAAGCUUCAGAAUGUUGACUGUAGAAAGCCUGCCGGGAGCUUGCUUCAUUCCUUAGUCUGAAUUCUCUCGUGUCUGCUAGAAAACUCUAAAUGUUUGCAUCAUGGUUGGCAAAUACGGCCUAUGGAGGUGGACUGGGCCACGGAAACGGUCUAAAAAGCUGAUCGCAAGGACUUGGAAUAAAUCGGAAGCUAUGGUCGAGUGGAGCUUCACCAUCAUGCCCGUGACUGUUGUACAUAUGGUAUGACUUAUCACCACUACCUUCGCGGACUACAGACGCCAUACGUGCAGCAGCAGUAGCGGCUAUUCUGCCGUCUAUGGUGAUGAGUGGCUGCUUCUUCACCCUACCUUGCAUCUCCCAAUGUUUGAUAGUAGGAUUAGCUUUCAUCUCCAGCCUGCAAGUUGCUGCCAGUCAAGAUGUUUCAGAUGUUUCUCCCUACCAGUAUGCGGCAUGUGUUGAACGAGACUUGCUGCUCGCCAGGGAUGUUAUCUGCGUCCGUCAAUACAUCGGUGCGUUGAUUCUGCUGGCAUCCUGCAUGUUUACAUCAGCCUGGGCAUAUGUGUGGGGACGACUGCUAUACAAGCGAUCACACAAACGUCGCACCCAGAAAGACUCGUCUCUACUACCAUCACUGCAUGAAGCAUGGCCUAGUCCGGGACCCAACAGCCUCAGUGAUGUGGUAUCAGCCAUAAAUACGAACGCUAGGUAUAGCUUUGAGGAAGGAUCUUUGCUGAAGGACAAGGCCCGUCGGGACAGUAAAACAUCAGUUAGUAAAUCCGGAUCAAUGCAGAGCCUACAUCUGCAGAUGAAGAAGAACAGCAUUGGCGACCCAACAAUGGAACGAUAUGAAACUUUAGGUCCCACUCGAAAGACACCAACCUCUGAUAAUGAAGAUCAGGGCUUCUCUGUCUCGCCUUCCAUUCUAAACUUUUCAACUGAGUCACAGGCACAAUCGUACCUGCAAUCUCACUUACAGUCGCAACUGCCUCAGUACAUAGGCAAUGCACUACUGCGCUCUCAGGACACUGUUGCCACACAGGUCUCUACAGAUGCCGUCCACCCUGCUGACUGCUUGCCUGGCCCAGGUGCAAAUCAGCUGAACACAACGAAAGCUCCUCGCCGAGGGAGACGCUUGAUGUCUACCAAGCGACCGGAUAACGGUAGACGAGCGACGGAGCCUCAUAAGCUUGUCCGUGCGUCGACGAUAGCUGGAGAUUCACCGAAAACAGCUGCUUCACGCAUGAGCAUAGCUGAGAUUGAUAAAACGGCAGAUAUCUCAAAGUUCACGAUGCCAUCAGGGCCAGUUCCUGGCAUUUUUGAUCAUCCUCCUCUAGUAACUACGUUUAAGCAUCCCAGCGAUGAGGUCAUGAUUACUACGACAUCUCCUCAGAUGCGAAAGUCCUCCUUGGACAAUCCACUACACAUCGACGAGAGCUCCGCCAACCAUCUCGCCUUCUCCUAUGUGAAUCCAGCAACGGACUCGUGUGCCAACUCUAUCAACAUGUCGCCGUGCAGCACUGGGUCUCCCCUGGCAGCCCAAGGAGAAGAGUUUUUCCCAGUGGUUGGCUCCACUCUCCGGCAGAGGUCGGCAACAGCAGUCAAAGAAGGGCAUGCUUUCAUGCCCGCUCCUACUCUUCGGCAUACUGCAUCAGGCAGGUCCUUACCACAGUUAGACGAUCCCUCAAAUUCUAUUCCAGAGAAUGUAACCAAGAGCUUCAAAAACCCGGUGUUUGCUGUGACAGGUGCUAGUAUGUCACCUUCUUCGACAACCGAGAACUGUCAUCCAUCACCGGCACUAUCUGCAAAGCGGUUGUCGUGCACAGUCGAUGACAAUCCGCAUGGGACUGCCAAUAGGCGGGCGUCGAAGAAAUUACAGAGCAAAGCGAAGAUGUCCAUUACCAGUGAAGCAGGACCAUCAGCUGUAGACCUGCGGCGCAUUCUAUCACGAGCGUUUGGCUUCUCCUCGGUACGACCUCCUGAGGAGGAUCUAACGGAGGAACAUCUCUAUUCUUCAAUUGCUUGUGUUACUACAUCCGCCAAUGCAAGCAAUCCAAAGCCAAGUCGGAAGUCGUUGUCCGCUUCCACGGGAUCGCAGAAUCAGCGUCGAUUUUCUGCCCCAAUCGCUGGCACUAGCCAACCGUCAUCGCCCAAAACAUCUUCCGGGCUGUCAACUACUGAUGAAGGCAUCGCCAAGGGGGUAUUGAACCCAGACAACCAAGCACAGGCCCCUCCACUGGACCGUCCCGUUGCAAAAAUCAGCCCAACCACUGCUACCGUUGUUGUCAAUGGAAGCCAUGGCAAUAGACAAGCUGCCUACGAGGACUUGGAACUACCACCAUUUACUCCCAGGCGGCGAUUUUCACAACUCUCUGCCAGGUCUAGCACUGUCGAGGUGGAGCAGAACUACCAGGUGUGUGAUGAUCCCCCAAAGGGUGCUGCUAGUGGCCACUUGCCCAAGGAAUGCUCGACGCUUGGUAUGGUAGAGAAUCCCUUGUAUGACCGUAGCUAAGUACGUUAGAUGUUUUUUGUCGUCGGCCGGUGCUGCCGGAGUGACUGAAAGGCAAGGAUAAAGACUGCUGGACAGUUAUCCAUGCACUGGUCGACCAGCACCUAGAUGCACGGGGAGGGGCGCAGAUAUUUGCGGCACUUUUCUGUAUCACGUGUGUGCCUGGCAACUGUGCAUGUCCACUGUUGCAGCAGUAGACGCAUGCAGGCAUCACAUCUACCCGUGCCACCCUUCACAAAACCAUAGACACGCCAGGUAUCUAGCCCCCUUGCCUGUGCCAUACGCACCAAGGACUGUGCUACAUACCCCGAUAUUGUUUUCCAGUCCACCUCGUUCUCCCUCACACUUGAUGAAAUAUUUUAAGUGCCUUGUCAUUCCGUUGUUUGUCUUCUAGUGUUUCCCUACUUUAACCCCUCCAUUUCCAUGAAUAUUCCUAGGUCUGUCUUACUCUGAACUAGUUACCCUCCAGAAGACACUGACUAACAACUCUAACUGACUUGAAAUUGAUAUCGCAGACUGUACAAAUCUCUUCAUUAUUAGUAUUUAUAUACGAAUUAUAUUCUCUCGCGGCUUUCUUUUAUGCAUUUUCGGAACGGAAAAUGUGCCCUGAUAUAUUGCUGCAUGCUCUGUUUUCAUGAAAUUUAGUGGACGUUGCUUGUCCAAACAAUGUGUGCAGUCUGGAAAAGCUGUUGCUGUUAGCUGAUGACUGCACACUCCAAUCAUUGCUUGACAUUCAUGUCAUUCUCGCAUGUAUCUCAUCACCGGCCAUCACCAAACGUUUGUACGUCUCUAUUUGCCUUUUCUUUGUGAAGUGUUCUAAACCACCGUUGUAGUAGCAAACACAACAUUUAGUUUGAAACCGAACUGAUCUGUGUCAUAACUUCAUCGACACAACUUUUGCCUUGAUGAUAUCUUUAUGCUACGCUCUAUUUUCUUGACUGACACAAUGCCGUUCACUACUCGGAAGUUGAGCAACACAGCUCCACCUCUUGACCUUAGA